GGUUCUAAAGUACGCACGUAAGUAAAGGCUUUGUCUUGUUCAACACGUUCUCGCCUCCACCCAUACAGGUAGGUCCAGGUGACAGUGGUGAAAACUCGUUUUCAAAUGUCCUGCUCACUCAGUUCCUUUAGGAUGAAUAUGCAGCCACUUGAGGGGGACGAUGCACCGGAGGACUCACACGAAUGCCCAGUGUGCUACGAGUGUCUUUCAGGCCUUAAGAGGACCCUGAGUUGCGGACAUGUUUUUUGCCAUGAUUGUUUGGUCAAAACCCUGGUCAGCGUCAACAAGGACUGCGGGAUAAUAAAGGAUAUGAUUAUAUGUCCCAUAUGCCGACACAUAACAUUCCUCAAAAAAUUGGAGGUCCUGGCUUCAGAAGGUACAGAAAAGGACGCAGAAGAGGGGCAGACUCUGGAGGUCCCAGUCCUCGCACCUACUGGAAACUUACAGUUCCAAAGCGCACGACGCGAUUCAAGAAAUACUGCACCAAAUGGAUUCAACUGGAUUGUGGGACGUCUUAGAAUAAUUGUGGAGAGGUUAAACAGACACAGACUGAUCAAACCCAGCCAAAUCGAUUCUCAGCUUUUCAUCAUUAGUGCCCAAGGUCGACCAAUGAAGGAGGAAGAUGCGCUGAGUGUUGUUACAGUGACCGUUCAACCCAACCGCAGGCAGCGGCGGCGACUCAAAAUUUGCACAACUUCGCGUUGUUUGGUCGUGCUGCUUCUGCUGUUUACCUUGUUGGCAUUGGUAGCAGCGACACUUCCUUGGGUUUUACUGGCAUAAACUAUUGUGGACAUUCGACUGAUAAGGCCGGCUGGCAUGAUAUAUUUAUUCUUUAAUAAUUGCACUAGACACACAACAAACACAGCAUGGUUAUUGCAACAAAGUAACAAAUUUCAUUGAUUUUGCUCAUGUUUGUAUAUUUUUAUUUUUAUAACAAAUUAAAAAUGGUGAUCUGAA